AUGAGGGAAACCGAUGAUUUAGUCACAAUCAAAAUGAUGUUAGUUUUGAUAGUAGUUUUGGUCGCCUCGGUCAGCGCUGAAAUCGAUUUCACGCCAUGUCCGUGGUACGAACCGAUUUGCGCCUCAAACGGAGUGACUUACGAUAACGAAUGUCAGUUCAAUCGUGCAGUUGCAGAAGAGGACAGCAGUUUAACAAUUAAAUUCCAGGGAACGUGCGAGUAUUCUGAAUGGGAUCAACUUAUCUGCAGCAAAGAGAAAUCUAAGAAUAUUUGCGGUUCGGAUGGAAACAACUACAGCAACCAAUGCUACUUCGAGUUUGCCUUUAAAAGGAAUCAGAUUCUGAGGAAGAGGAACGGUGGUCAUUGUCGCACUAUCGAAAAAACCUCUGAAGUAUGCGGAAGCGAUGGCAAAAAGUACCUUGGGUCUCAUUUCCUUGCCGAACAAUCGGUCAGACCUCAGCUCGGAGUGUGGCCGAAAGAGUAUUGUGAACGACCAAUAACUCUUCCAUCAGGUCCAAGAGGUACUACAGAACGUCCAAUUCACGGAAUUCCACCCAAAUCUGCACCUGAACCUGAUCCGGAGAUUCCCACUGUCUGCGGAUCGGAUUUUUUGAUAUACGAGAUAAGGACUUUCUGGGAGCAGAAAGAACGCAGACCAGGACUCAAAGAAUUGCCGCUGAGUGAUUGCUACUACAAACCGUACUUCCAAGGAUAA